AAAAAUAAUUUAUACAAAAACUAAACCCUAGAACCAGAGAGAGUGAAGCAACCAUGAGACGAUCUCUACUUCGAAAUGCUUCUCUCUUCACUCGCAAUCUUCUCCACCACCACUCUUCCUCCACCGCCGCACUCUCCGUUUCGUCUCCCUCUCGAUUCAGACUAUUCUCCUCCUCCGACGAAAAACCCUCCCCACCUCCCUCCAUCAAAGACGCCGCCCCCGUCGAAAUCGAAGACGUCGACAACAAAGAGCUGAAGUCGCGGAUUGAUAAAUACCUAAAAGGCGACGAGCAGAUGCUUCCUUCGAUCAUGGAGGCGAUUAUGCAGAGGAGGUUGUCGGGGAAGCACGAGGAUACGGAUGAUGAGUUGAUGGAUGAACUCAGUAUGGAACCUAUUGAUGGUGUGGAUGAUCAGGAUUUUGAAUCUGAUUUUGAGGAUAUGCAUGAAACGGAUGAGGAGAUUGAUGAUUUGUAUAAUGCUAGAGAUAUUGUCAUGAAGAGAAUGGUUAAAGAUCAGUAUUUUAAUAUGGAUGACAAGAAAUGGGAUGACAUUGUUGAAGAUGGUGUUAAGCAUGGUUUUCUUAUGGAUACGAAGGAGUGUGAGGAGAUUCUUGAAGAUAUGCUUAGCUGGGACAAACUUCUCCCAGAUGAGAUAAAACAGAAGGUGGAAACAAAAUUUAAUGAGCUUGGGGAAAUGUGUGAAAGAGGGGAACUUGAACCUGAAGCUGCUUAUGAACUGUUUAAGAAGUUUGAGGAUGAACUUGUGAUGAAAUAUAUGAAAAAGGCGGAAAAAGAAGCGGCCAUGCAGUCUGUUGAUACUUCUGUGCCAGACAAGAAGUAUUCUGAUGAUCCACCUGGUGAAGGCCCAAUUCUCCGGUGGCAAACUCGAGUAGUAUUUGCCCCUGGUGGUGAUGCAUGGCAUCCCAAAAACAGGAAAGUGAAACUAUCUGUAACGGUGAAGGAGCUUGGACUUUCCAAAUACCAAUUUCGCCGUCUUAGAGAAUUAGUUGGAAAGCGUUAUCAUCCUGGGAAAGACGAGCUUACAAUUACUAGUGAGAGGUUUGAGCAUCGUGAAGAAAACAGAAAGGACUGCUUGAGGACUCUUCUCUCACUCAUUGAAGAAGCCGGAAAAGCUAAUAGAUUAGUAGAUGAUGCUCGAACUUCAUAUGUGAAAGAGAGACUCCGAGGCAAUGCGGCUUUCAUGGAGAGGCUGCAUGCUAAGGCCCUGCGAUUAAGAGAAUCCAAUCAAGUUCCUGCUUGAAGUUUUAAUGUUUGACGCAGGAGUUUUAGAACAUUUCAACUGUCAAAAUUCAUUAUUGCUGCCCAGAUUUUUGUUUUCUUUUGUGAUUUUUAUCUUUAUCUUUCUAGUUACAAUCUGGAUUCUAGUUCCAGAAACAACUCUGCAUACUGGGGUAAGGCUGCGAAGAUCUGAUCCUCACCCCCAAAAUCUUAGGAGACUCAAAGGGCCAAUAUUUAGUCAUAUCUUUCAUAUUUAGUGCUUAGUGUUGCUGAUGUUGUUUUUACCUUUCGCCAGUGGUUUAUGCUGGCUGACUUUUAGACAUGCUUUGGAGAGUUACUUGUCUUUUUCACCAAUAAUAUCAUUUAAUGUACAUAAGUGUUCACUGCAAUGCUGAUUGCUGACAGUUAAAAGAUAGUAAAUCCUUGAGCACUUGUGUGGUUGAUCUA